CAACAUCAAUCCUUCUCUCCCUCAGUAGAACAUAAUUUUACACUCUUUUUUAUUGAAGCAUAUCACAUUUUUCUGCUUCCUUUUUAUUAAAGAAAUGGAUAAAAAGUACUUGCAUCACCAGGUUGCCUACCUAAGAAAAUCCCUCUUUGAUCAGGGAUUCCUUGAUGAUCAAUUCAUGCAACUUGAGGAUUUGCAAGAUGAUGCAAACCCUAAUUUUGUUGAAGAAAUUGUGACUUCCUUCUACAGUGAUUCAGCUAGAUUAAUCCAUAGCAUAGAACAAGCGCUAGUGGGUAGGCCAGUUGAUUUUGGGAAACUAGAUGAUUACAUGCACCAGUAUAAAGGUAGCAGCUCAAGCAUUGGAGCUAAGAAGGUGAAGAUGGCAUGUAUACAGUUUAGAGAAUAUUGCUGUUCGAGAAAUAUUGAAGGUUGCAUAAGGAGUUUCCAACAACUAAAGCAAGAACAUGCUACUUUGAGGAGGAAGCUUGAAACUUAUUUUCAGUUGGCAAGACAAGCUUAACAAGCAUAAGGAACAGGACUAGCAUUUUCUGGACUAAAAACACUAUAAUACAGUGUCUCACUACUCUACGAUUGGAUAAAUGUAUGCAUAUGGAGGAUUUUCAAUAAUUUUGUCUGAUAAAUGCCAAUUCUGAACUGAUUACAAUGUUAAAAAAAAAAAUACUUUAAUUUCUAUGACUAUGUUGAUCUAUAUAUAUAUAUACAUAUUUCUUUGUUUCUCCAA